ACCGUCAUCAGUUAAAGUUCACAUUUCGUACAAGAAUUCCUUCGGUGGAACAGAGAAUAAUUAAAAUGAAAUACUUUAAUGUUUUAUGUGUACUUGUGUUAUGCUCCGUGUUGGCUUUAUGCUAUGCCGAGUUAGAAGCAGAGAAUUCCGCUUUGGCGGAUAAAAAAACAGAGAAACGGGGUAUUUAUGGUUUCGGUUAUGGUCACGGUGGCUAUUACGGUGGCCACGGCGGUUUCUAUGGUGGUGGCCAUGGUGGCGGAUUCGGUUUCCCUUACUAUGGAGGCUAUGGUGGCUAUGGUGGCUAUCACGCUCCCUACUUUGGUGGUCACGGUGGCUAUUAUCCCUACCAUGGCGGCUAUGGUCAUCAUGGUUUCUAUCAUUAAAAAUAAUACCACACACAAGAUGUACAAAAGUAGAGAAAAAUUAAAUUGGUC